CUUCACUCAAAACCAAUAACCAAUUCCAAAUAUUCUCACACAAAGGAGCCAGCCAUGAAAACUCUAAUUUUUGCAUCAAACCCAAUUCUCCAUCUAUCAAAAUAUUCUCCAACAUGUAAACCAAAAUUCCCAACUUUUCACACCAAAACCACAAAAAAAUUCCAUUAUUCAUUAACCACAUUGAAGCCACAAGCUAGUGCCAAAGGCUUCUCCAAUACAUCAAAUAUUAAAACAAAUGAUGUCACUAUAAAAAAAAAUCCCAACAAUAAGGAUGAUGAUGAUGAAAUUCCUAAGGUAGUUAUGUAUAGAAUAAUAGGUAGAAUAUUGUUUAGUGUUAUUGUUCCAAUGGCAUUAGGUUUAUCAAUUUUACAUCUUUAUGGUGAAUUAAAAGAUAGACAAAUAUGGAAUGCUCCUUUGUGGAUACCAUUUUUGACAACACUUAUAACAUUUGGAGCUUCAGCACUUGGAAUUGCAUAUGGAGUUCUUUCUACAAGUUUGGAUGCAGAGAGGGAAGGUUCUUUGUUUGGUUUGCAAGAAGUUGAGAAGAAUUGGGUUGAGAUGUGGAAGGAAGAGGAAGCAAGUUAGUCAAAGGUAGUGUCAUUUUUAAGAUUGGGUUAAUAUUUUGCAAUUUGUAUGUGGUAAUUAAAUUAGGAGAAAUAGAUGUAUGUUCAAAUAACACAACUAUUAAAGUAUUCCUAUCAUUUUUUUAUGUUAUUCUUAUCCUAGGUGAAUAUAAACAUAUGAUAGUAUUGGGCUUCCUUAUAAUUAGUAUGUAAGUUUUAUAUUUGUAACUUUUUUUUUUAUAGGAUAUGGAAAAUAGAGUUGUACCUUGUUA